AUGGGGUGCACCCCCUCUGCCCCUUCGAGGGAGACGCAACCUCCCCGGCAUAAGAAAAGCCACAGCUUGUACUCACCCCGGGGAUAUGUCGUCCACCUCAAAGAUCUGGGGAAGUUCCACAAAGCUGUGUACCGGGGUGAGCUCGAGAAAGUGCGGAAGAUGUUUUACUACAACAAAGACGUGCUAAAUACGACGGACAAGAAGCACAGGACUGCUCUCCAUUUGGCCUGUGCCAGCAGAAAUGCACAGGUGGUAACGUCCCUGUUGGACAAAAAAUGUUACCUUAACCCCUGUGACGGUGAAAACAGGACACCUCUGAUGAAGGCCAUACAACGCCAGGCACAGGAAUACGUAAUUAUGCUGUUAGAACGUGGUGCCGAUCCCAGCACUGUCGAUGUGCAUGGCAAUAGUGCUCUCCACUAUGCUGCCUAUAAUGGUAACUUAUCAAUAGCAGCAAAACUAUGUGCUCACGGUGCCACUAUGGAGACAGCAAAUAAGGAGCAACGCACACCACUUUUGCUGGCUCUGAGAAAAAAGAAAGUGGAAGUGGCGGAAUUUUUAAUAAAGGAAAGAGCGGAUAUAAAUGUAGUGGAUAGGCUGCAAAGAACACCAUUCAUGCUCGCUGUACGUUGUAGAUCAUCAACUACAGUGAGUCUUCUCCCCCAGCAAAGUGUUGACGUCUUUGCAAAAAAUUACCGGGGACGGACAGCAGAAGAUUAAGCUGUUAUUAAUGGUUCUAACAUGCUUCACGAGCAAAUUUUGAAAUACAAAGAAAAAAUGAUACCUACAAAUCCUCAAAAUAGCAGCCCAGUAAAAGCACAGCACGGCACUUUGAGGAAAAAAGAUGCGAACUGGAUGGAGGGCAGGAAUUCGGAGAGUCCAGAGAAAGAUGUGAUUGAAGACCUUCCUUGUGGAUCAACCGAAGUCCCGCCGGGCAUUCCUCAAAUUGCCUUCAAAUUCGAUCGCCCUCUCCCCAAAUUUUUAUUUAAGACCUUACACGAGUUUCCUGCCACAGAGAAGGAAGAAAGAAUGGUAGAACUCGGUAUUGAUAUUUCUAAAAGGGAUCCACCAGAGCAAACAAGAUCAGGAGAAGAGGAAGACAAAGAACCAAGUUUGUUUUUGGAGAAUCUGUUUCAUAACAGUCAUGUGUUGUGUGAUGAAAUUGCCAGGCUAACAGAAAUAAACACAACAAAAAUGCAAAACAAGGAAAAGGAAAAGAAAUAUUUGGAGGACAAUAAAAUCUUACAAGAAAAGGAUAAUGACAUACAAAAGACUAUAAAACUCAACAAGGAAAGAUUCACCAAAACAAUAUCCUUGUAUGGUGGCGAGAUCACUAUUCUAACACAUGAGAAUAUAAUACUAAAUCAUAAACUGGAAGAAGAAAAACAGAACAAAGAAAGACUGAAAACAGAAGUUGAGUCAUACCAACUUAGACUGGCUGCUGCCAUAAAGGAUCGUGAUCAAAGUCAGGCCGCAACAAAAGACCUAGAGUUUAUUUUCCAGAGAGCAAAAGAUGAAUGGUCUGGUAAAGAGGAAUAUAUGAAUUCUCAUGCCAGCAUCCUUUACAAACAACUUCGUGACGCUGAAAGAAAAUUCGCAUGCCUACAAGUUGAGUUCCGUCAUACAAGAGAUGCUCUCCAAGAAAAGACUCUGAUUUUAGAAGGUGCACAAAGAGACCUGAGGGAGACACAGUUUCAAAGGAAGGAAAUGGAACAAAUAUUCCAAAGCGAACAAGACAAAGUGAAUAAGUACAUCGUAAAGCAGGAGUCUUUGCAGGAUAGAUUAUCUCAAGAGCAAUGUAAAAACAUGUUACCUCAACGACUAGAUGAUGCUCACAAGGAAGUUGCCAAUAAAGACAAGGUGAUAACUACUAACCAAGACAAAUUUUGUGCGACUGUAAAAACACUUAAAGCUGAGAGUAAAAUGCAAAGUCUUUUGUUAGAAGAGAAAAAUCAGAAGUUAACACAUGAAUGUAAUCAUUUAAGAGAAAGAGUGUAUCAAUAUGAAAAAGAGAAAGUGGAAACAGAAGCAGAGGGACAACUUCGGCAAGAACUGCCUGAUACCGUACACGAACUGUCCAGCUUCAAGACUUCGCUAGGGAUGAAAUCACGUCAUCACGCUCACUUAGAAGAUGAGGCCCAGGAUUCAAAGCAGCAAUUAAGGGAAAGCACAGGGCCACCAGAGAGCGAGUCCCAGAAGAAGGCCUUGGAAGGGCAGCCCCGCCGCAGCUGGAAGAACAAGCAGGCGUCCUUCUGGGAGAGAAGGAGAAAAGCCUGCCAGGCCAAGGAGAAAGUCUAA